CUCCAUACGACAAGCUGAUACGGUACUAUUGCUAAUACUACUAUCAAUGUGAUACUGUAGAGCUGGCAAAUCCUUCGCCAGCAAUGGAGGUGGCAAAUGGCGGUUGUUCGAGUUGCUAAUUACGCUCUUGAGACCAUCAUGGCAACUCAACUGCGAAUGUACGCCUCUUCAGGAUCUCUUUUUUGGCAAAAUUCCCCUUCCUCUUUUGCCGGUGGAUCCACAGGCCAAAUUCGUCGGCCUGUGCGGUGGCUACCACCAGAGUUGCAGGUCCGCAUUUGGGGAAGUUGGCAUGACUGUGCCUGGGCCGCCAACCAGCUUAGAACCUUCUCGACCUCAUUGCUGACCCCUAGCGAAUGUUACAGUGAUAGGAGCUGGGUCAGUGCCACCAUCCGACCAGAAUGCAGUUUGACAAAAAGCCAUACGCAUCUCGCUGGAGGGUGCUUGCAUUUGCAUGGCCUCCGUCUGUCAGCAUUUCCCGCUGUACAAGAGACAAGCGCUGAUGUGCGGGGCACAAGACGCAGUUUUCUGUGCAGCGCUCAAUCAGAUAAUGCAGACACUUCAGAUCGCCUGCCUGUUGGCUUAGUCCUGCCAAGCGCUGAGCCAGUACGGGAGCCAGUGACGCUGCCGCAAGUAACAGAAGACAUGGUACAGCUCUCAUUUGCACGGAGCGGCGGAGCCGGCGGCCAGAAUGUCAACAAAGUGAAUACGAAGGUGGACAUGCGCUUCAACGUGCUGGAGGCGGAGUGGUUGCCGGACUGGGUCAAGGAGAAGCUGCUGGAGAUGGAGGCCAAUCGGAUCAACAACGACGGGGAGCUGGUCGUCACGUCCACACGCACGCGCACACAAAAGGGUAACAUCGAGGACGCUCUUGAAAAACUGAAUGCCAUUCUGCAGAAGGCGUCUUACGUGCCGCCGCCUCCCUCGGCAGACAAGAUAAAACGGAUAAAGAAGCUGGCAAAGGCUGCAAACGAAAAACGACUAGACAUCAAAAAGAAGCAGUCGUCUAAAAAGGCUGAUAGGAGAAACAAGGGCAAAUGGGACGAUUGAUUAGUAUGUGAUUGCGGUUCUUAUGUCUAUCAUCUAGUCAACUCAUCGGAAGAUCGUAUGCAUUGAAAGGGGAGCCCACACGAGGGACGGGAAACCGUAACAAGAAUACGUUUGCGGACACUGCGGAUCGCGUUUAGGAAGGAUGUGGUAGCUCCUCAAUCUGCAAAGGUUUGCUGGGAAAAAGCGUUGGGCAUCGUUAGCUGGACAGAGUGUGAACCGUUGGACAUCUCUCGCUACAGCCCAUGGGCUGGUAAACAACCCUGCCGAGUUAACCAUUGACCGGGACAUCAGCUCCGCGUUUGCGCCAGCUGAACAUACGGUAGAGUUAUCAAAUUCGACACUGGGACGUUAUUCAAACAGAAGCAGGCUUUUUAUGGCUGAACUGCCAGGCUGCGGCGGACAAGAAAAGAAUAUUGAGUCUACGGUAUUGCAAUUCGGACGCGGUUCUCGUUUGCGAUCCUCGCCACGAAGGCCUAACCAAAGCAGGAUGUCAGAACGGUUGGGUAAGUUUGAUCCUCCGAGGCUCGGCGCAAUCAUCGGGUC